AUGCGCCUUCGCCGCCGCUGUCGCGUCCCCGGUUCGAUUAUUAAGCGUUCCAGCUGGGUGAAUCGCGUCGGCAUCUACGCGGCCACUUGCCCGGCCCAGUUGUUCCCCGUCGGCUCCGUGAGCAGCUGCGCCCUACGGGCGAUCGGGGAGCUGGCGCCUGCGGCCUGGGCGGAGGCGACGUCGCGCGCGAAGCGUGGGCCCGGGUGCCGCGACUCGGAGGAUCUACCAGCGAAGCGCGCCGAGGGCCGCCGGGGGGGCGAGGCGGGCGGCGGGGGGGAUGUCACGAUUGCGACCUUUCUUCUCCUCGCCAAGCUGCGCCAUGCAUCCCAAAGCAAGAGAAUGCGGCAGCGCGCGGGCGAAACUAUCGACUUCCGAGCACGGGGGCCGCCGCGCGCCCUGUUGCGGGCCGCGGCCGCGCUCUGUCUCACCGACAGCGCGGCGGCCUUGGGCGGCUGCGCAGCGUGCGUUGAAGGCGAGAAGAAGAAGUUUCGCGAGUUCUUCGCGAAGUACGUUCAGUCAGCCGAGCCGACCGCGGCGGGCAAGCGCGCCCCCCAUUACCGCUGUCGGAAGCACGGGGGCAGGCGGAACGCCGAGGUGGGCGGAACCGCGGCCAGCAGCCAGGGGGCAGCAGCCAGCCACUACGACCAGGCGGGGGCUCAGGCUCGCGAGAUUCCCGCCUUGGACCUCAACCGCGAGUCGCUCCACGCGGCGCAGCUGGCGGGCCCAGGAGACGAUCCUACAAUGCACGAUGCCAACGAGUACGCCGUCCCUGGAGACCGACUGGUCGUGCACUACGUGCUGGCCCGCCCGGGCGAGGCGCGCGAGCCCGUCAAGGCGGCGUUGCGCGACUGGGUGGAGUCGCAGUCCCCGAAGGUGGUGAUCUUUCCAGAUCCAGACAUCCUGGAGGUCCAGGGCCUCGAGAGGCUGCUGGCGGCCAGCAGCGUGGACCCGCUCGCAGGUCUGCUGCUCUACCAGUGA